AUGGUGGACGACCUGGGUACCCGCGACUCUUCACCGAAGACUAUCGACCACUCGGGGUCCCCCAAGGGAACCACGGAGUGGGUCAUGUUCGACGAUUCCGAUGCUGAAGGUAACGACCUUCUCUCGAACGACGGAGGAACCAUCUUCGACCGCUUCUCCUCGUCCGAUGCAGACAAGAAAAGAGUCCGCCACCUCAUCAAAGACCUCGGUGGCGACGUCACCUUCAAACCCCUCAAUGAGGAAGAGUUCGACGAGCUCCUUAUCAAAUGGAAGCGCGUCGCAUCUUCCAUGAUGUACUCUCCAGCAGAGUUGAAGGAG